AUGUCGGAAGUUCGGGUUAGGCCCAAGCACAGACUUGUGGCCGGAAGUGUGCACAGGAACGCCUUCACAUUGGAUUACGCGCAGUUUUACCUUAGACCGGUGCCAAUUAGUGGCCAACAGCAGCAACAAGCGCAGCAGCAACACCAGCAGAUAGUGCAGCAGCAAUUGCUAGCCCAGCAGCAACAUCAACUGCAAAUCCAGCAGCUGCAGCAACAACUGCUGCUGCAACAGAUCGAACGGGAGUUGCAGCAGCACCAGCAGCUUCUAUACGGCCAGCGCCAACAGGCCCAGAGUAGCUAUUCGCCCGUGCGGCAGCGUUGGCUCUCCGGCAGCCACUACGACUACGCCGCACCGCAGCAACUUUUGCCGCAACUGCAACAGACCCUACCGCAGCAACAGCAGCAACAUCAUCUGCUCCAGCAGCACCAGCUACAACAGCAGCAACAGCAACAACAACAACAACAACAGCAACAGCAACAGCAGCAGCAGCAGUACAGCUACUAUUUCAGUCGGGGAAGCACCAGCACCAGCUCCGGCCUGGGUCUGGGACUGGGCCUGGGCUUCGGUCUGGGCAGCGGCAACCUAGCCAGCUGGUACCAUCUGCCCUCUACGUCGGCGCACAUUUACAUUGGGACAACCAGCAGCGGCGGCGCAGGUACAACCCCGUAUCCAUAUCCGUAUCGGGGAUUGGGAGCCUAUACCGGCGGCGGCUAUCCGGCAGCGGCUUUGAUCAACUUUGAUGCCUCGCCCACUCCACUGCUAGCAUCAGCCGGAACAUCGCCGGGCUAUCUGCCGCCACUCCCUGUGCCGGCAGCCCUACCACCGCCGCCACCGGCGCCGAGCGUAGCCACCGACUACUACUUCAGCAGCCGAAGCACUCGCACGCUUCCACCCCAAGCCACAGCGGCAACGGCCCUAGGAACAGCAGCAGGAGCAGCAACAGCAUCAUCGACAGCCAGACUAUCGCCGUUCCAGGAAUACACGGCUAGUGCGGCGGAGGAGCUGCAAGCUGGCUAUCGCUACAAAGCCACUCCCCGAAGGCGCUACGACGCCUACGACAACUACGGCUAUCUGCCGGGCUUUGCCAGCACAACCGAAGACGAGGAGGACCUGCUCGAGGAGUGCCUGCCAGCGGCCCUACUCUCCACGGACUGUGACAGUCUCGAGGAAGUGCGCUUUCUACAGCACCAGGCCGAGGAGGACGACGACGAGGACGACGAGGAGGUUGCCACACAGUUGGCGCACAUUCUUGACCUGCCCGAUUUUUUGCAUCCUUACGGCGGCGGCGGCGCAGGCGGCAGCAGCAGGGCCAGCAUACACAGCCACAAGACGCCGCCGCAACACGAAUACCAGACGGAGCACGGCUCAGCCGCUGCCGCAGCCGGAGGAGGAGGAGUUGCUAACACAGGCGGCGGAGGAGGCACUGGCGGUACGGAAGGCGGUACAGGCAUCAGUGGUGGUGGCGUCGGUCAGUCGCAACGCGAAACGGUUGAGCAACGCUAUCACCAAUACCAAUACCAGCAGCAGCAGCAUCAGCAGCAACAGCACCCACAUCAAUUCCAUCACCACCAUCACCAUCAGCAGCAGCAGCAGCAACAACAGCAGCAGCAGCAGUUCCAGCACACACCGCAGCAAUCGCAGGGCCAGCAGCAGCAGGCAUAUCACUCGUAUCAGUAUCCAUCGCAGGACAGCUGCGAGGGCUUCAACCACUUUGCCAACGACGCCACCAGCUGCCUGGGCAACCAGAGAAUGAUGGUUAGCAAAUUGUGGAACAGUUGCUUCCCGGAGUUCACGCCGGACCAUGUCCAUCGGCACAACUUUUAUCUGUGCCAGUGGCAGCGGAAUACGCAGGUGCGGAUUGUGUACCUGUUCUAUCGGUGGAUAACAGCCAUCACGUGCUUGGCAGCACUGGUCUGCUCCCUGCUGGACAUUGGGCGCACCGAGGAGCACUUUGAGCAUCACUAUGCCAAGUGGUGGAUCUAUCUGACUCACUGGGGCCUACUGUUCUGCACGGUGCAGGCCUGGCUUGCCGCCUGGAUCGUAACCCAGGGCAUGAUGGUGGAGCGCGAGGACUUUGAGAUCGUGCGCCAAGCCAAGAAGAGUCGUCUGCAUCAUCUCUACUGGGUCCUCUACACCUGUGCCACUGUCUAUGCCUUCAUUGUGACCAUGUGCUAUUGGCUACUCGUACACAAUUCAGAAAUUCACAAAAUUGAUACUUUGAAUAUUAUGGUGCAUGUGCUGAACUCGAUUAUAAUGCUCAUCGAUCUGGCCAUUGUGGGGCAUCCGAUUAAAAUGAGCCACGCAUACUUCACCACGGGCAUCGGCCUGGCAUAUGCCAUCUUCACGGGCAUCUACUUUUUGGCCGGCGGCACAGACAGGAAAAAUCAAACUGCCAUCUAUCCCAUGAUGGACUGGACCAAGCCGGGCAAGGCCAUUAUUGUUACGGCCUGUGCCAUAAUCUUCACCUUCUUUGUCCACUUCUGCUGCUAUCUACUGUACCGAGGCCGGGUCUGGUUGUUCACCAAGCUCUGUAUUAGGGGCCGGCACAAUCGGGACGGUGAGAUGGGCGAGGGUCUAAACGAUGACUCUGGCUCUCGCAUGGGCGGAGGGGGCAUGGGUGGCAAUGUGAGCGGCACUGGAGGCGGGGUCAGUGGUUCGAUGGCUGCCGCUACUUCUGUGUGUGUUGGCGCCGGUGGCAGCAGCCAGGAUUAUGCCCACCAGCAGCAAUAUCCCAUUGCGCACACGGAGCAGCCGCGGGCCGGCAUUCAACAGCAGCAUCAGCAGCAGCAGCCGCCAGCCAACUACCAGGCUCCGCCACAGUAUUCCGGCUACCUGCAGCAGCCCGUGGUCGCUGGCGUCAAUGUGGGGGUGAUCAGUGCGGAGGGAGUCUACCAGCCGAUUGGCACAGACACCGGACGCACCAGUGGUGGUGGUGGUGGUGGUGGAGGUGGAGGUGGAGGUGGAGGUAGUGUCGUGGGCGAUGUGUCCGGGAAACACAAGUCGGCCUCUGGGUCGGGCUCGGGCUCGGCAUUGACGCGCACCGUAGCCCACUUGGAUGCGUCGCAGCGGGAGCAGUUCCUCAACCCCAACAAGAUCGUCGAGUAUAAGAUGUAAAGGCGAUGCACCCGGCACCGGUAUACGUUCCACUUGUCCAUGAAGUUUUUGGAGAAGCACUGUGCCCAGUGCGAGGCGACACGCAAUGCCAUCAGCGAGGAGCAGCGCCACCUCGCCGAUUGCAGCGGGCACAGUGGUUAGCUUUAGAGUUGCUUUGAAUAACCAAUUCCCAAUUCCCAACUAUGUAUCUGCCAGAUCAGAUCGGAUCGGAUCGAAUCAGCAUUCCGCUUGGUAUUGUACGGCAUUGUAGUUUGUAAAAGUAGUUUCGUAAUUUUGUAAAAGCUUUGCCAGUUUUUUAAAUGUGUGUAGACUUGCAGGAGGAGCAGUGGUGUAGGAGCAGCGCUUGUCGACCGUAAUAUGGAAUAAAUUUAGAAUAUUAGGGACAUUCCUUUAGUGCUGCAUGCACAUGCCAAGGGGCAGCGAUAUCCCCCUCGAGCUGGGGGGGCUAUCUAUCCGUAUUGUAGCUGCUCCUGGAUGCUGCAUGCAAUUUCCAAACAAAUUUAAACACUUUUAAUGGACUAAGUUGAACAUGGAUAUGUUACAACUCACAAUAGCACCUUAAGUUAAAGCUCAGUUACAUACUUAUACCUUAAAAUGCAUCAAUUGUGUUCAAGAUUGUCGUUCCACAAAAAUAGUUGAAUACGUUUGGCCCAUACUCCCUAUGAAUAACAGCCAGAACAACCAAACAACAGCAAACAUGUCAAACACAUACUGCCUAUAAUUAUGUUGCUUAAGUAUUCUUUUUUACAUAGUUUAUUUCCCAUUUAUCCGCCUAAAUUUUAUAUAUCGGUGCAGGUGUAGAGCAGGCACAUGCACAUGCACGCGGCCCCAAGAAGCCCAGAGUCUGACAACAAAAAAUACAAUACAUAAAUAUAGCUUACAAGAAUUAGAAUCUGACAUUCUAUCUGCUCUUGGGGUGUGCAGUGUGCACUGUGCAUGGACUUGGCAAAUUUAAUUGGCAGUUUUAGUGGCGCAAAUUGCACUAGGAGAUAUUUGUAUUUAGAGGAAGAGUAAAGUUUAACUUUAAGAUAUGCAUUAUGUAUGUAUGCUUGGCAUUGAGUUGCUUAGUGUUUAGUAAGUUGAUUACAUAAAAAUACAUAAUUUCAAUGGAUAUUUUCCAAGCAAGCACUACGCUGCAACAAAUAACUCUACAAUAUAAAGCACGACCGAAGAAUAUUAUUAACAAAGUAUAUAAAUAUAUCUAAAUGAAGUAUUUUAGCAUAUAAUGUUGAAAGUAAUUAAGUAAGAUCUAUACUUUUUGCUCAGAACAAACAAACAAACAAACAAAUUAACGAAAUUCCUGUACCUAACGAGGGGCUCAAAAUGUUUUCCGUAUUUCGUUUUCCGUUUUGUUGGUUUCUGUUUCUUGUGACUCAAGCAUACGGACAGCACUGUUACAGCAUUAUCCUAAGUAUCCUAAGACCCAAAUUGCAAACACUUAGCAAGUGAUUAGAGUUACAACCAAAUGGAAAUGAAAAUGGAAAUGGUAGUACCCAUACUCGUAUGUACAUAUGUGUGUGUCUAUUUAUGUGUAUGUAAAUAGUUGAUUUUCAUAUAUGUUGAACGAAUUCUAUCUAUAUUCAAAUGCAUACAUAGGCAACCCCCAAUGCAAUGACGGGCGGGAAGCAAUGUUGAACCAUGAAAUCAAAUCUCGUAUAAAAGUGUAGUAAACUUAAACCGAAAUGCAACAACAAUGAAACGAAAACCAAAAUCAAAUGCAAUGAAUAAAACUCGUCAAGAGGAAUGUGUUAACAAGCAAAAGCAAAACCAAAUACAAAUGCAAUUACAAAGCAUAUUUAACUAAUAUACAGAAGUCGAAGUGCAACCAAGUAGCAUCCCCUAGCUAUGUAUGUAUACAUACUCGUACAUACAUACAUACAUACACACUUAAAAUUAUAAAUAAAAAACACACACACAAAAUAAAAUAAAAAUGUAAAGCCUAGUAAAGUAAUUCAAUUAAUUUUUGAUAGAUUUACAUGAACAGAACGCUCAUAUUCUAGAGAUCUCCCAUACAGAAGACACACACACAGAUCAGAUCUCCAGGAUGUUUUUCUUAUUUGAUGUUCAGCAUUGGGUUGAUGUUAUUUUUCCCCAAGUUUUUUUAGAGAAAUUUAACCAGUUUUGGUUGAGGUUUUUGCAGAACUGGAAAUGUGCUUCGUAAUUGUGUCAUUAAAUUGUUCCCUCGUUUCUCCCAAUUUGUUUUCCUACAUUUAGCGUAAAUGUAUAAAUGUAUGUUUAUAUAGACUGAAUAUUAUUAAAAAAAAAGAAGAAAAUCUGACAACAAAAAAAGAACUCAAUAAUAUACAUACAUAUAUAAAAGAAGAGAAUAUAAAGCCAGAGUUCAUAUUAACCACAACUUAAAACAGUAAGGCACAUAUCAAUAAUUAAACAAGAACAUUAUUAAAUGAAAACAAAUGAAUUAAAAAAUUAAUACAAUUAAAUUAAAUUAAACGAAAAGCAAACGUUUCAAAGUAAAACAAAUCAAAGUUGACCUCAUCAAGAAUCACCAAACACCAAAGUAAAGAAAUAUGUAUGUAUUAAUGUUAAACAAUCAAUACAAUACGUGUAUAUACAUAUGUAUGUAUGUAUAUUACAUAUAGUGCAUACAUAUGUACAUAUAUGCAGAAUAUAUUUAGCAAAGAGAGACAAAUUCAAAUAUUAUAUUUUGUAGAUUUUUAGUAAACUAGAAGUGAGUGAACAUGGACAGCAUAUAUCUACAAUAUACAUAUACUAUAUACAGACAUACAUACAGUACAUACUCGUACAUCCCUGCAUACUACAUAGAAUACAUAGUAUAGACAUGUAUGUAGCUCUCUGUACCCGAGGCGUGAGUUUGUUCUGAAGUUGUUUGGGGAAACAAACGAGAAUAUGGAAAAGCUUUAAGAAACCCAAAUGGUUGGACGAAACUUUUAUAUCUACGCUCGAAUAAAAGUUGAAUGAAUUGCUCAAAUGGAGUAAUUUUAUACCUCCCAUGCCAUACUGCUGAACAGGGGGCGGGCAUCAGUAGCCGUAGAUGUGAGGAGAUGUCAGGCAUUGAUGCGAGUAUACGUAUACAAACAAAUCAUUAAUUCAAAAUGUUAUUAACAAGAGCACACCAAAAUGAAAAUUUU